AACAGUUGAACGUGAACCCUGGGAGAAAGAUGGCAGCUGGAAGAAACUUUUCGGUCCAACCUUAUAUGUUUGAACCAGAGUCAGACCCUGAACAAGAAGGAGCUAGCGAAGAAGUUGUUCAAUGUAGACUGCAACAAGACGUUUCUGAAUGGUGUACUUGUGAGAAUUGCACAACAAUGCCUACAGAGCCAGAGAAUGUCUGCUGCAGGGAGAUACCACAGGCGAUAAGAAGACUAAAUCAGCUUCAAAACCCACCUUCCUGCAUGGUAGACCACCCUGGCCUCGAACCAGUGUGUUUAAAUCCAUUCUCACUGCAGAAGGAACUAAAUAUCUACAGAGCAGACUAUGGGCGUUUACGUCUAAGGGGAAUAGAACACCGUUACAGGUACUUGGCCUAUAGGGGCUUUGUGAGCUGGUGUUGGGGCUUUCUGGGCCGAAGAGUUCGUGUGGCACUGCCCAGCUGUGUGGUGCUGCGUAUACGGGCGGAGUUCCCCGACGCUCAAGGCAUCUACGUGGGGUUCAGACCGGCCCUUGACUGAACCUCGUCACGUAGCGGUCUAUCACCUCCUUCUUGUCCGGCCUUUCGAACUGUGCAGUGAGAUCCUCAGGAAUGGAGAUCUUCAACACCUCAUCUGUGUAUGGACCAGGGUCCGGAAAAACCUUCUCAAACACCAGGUCCAAGAUUUCAUCCACGUAAUCUGCAACAAGAAAAAGUACAAUAUUGUGUUUACUUUAUAGUGUUUAUUUAUUAUUUAUUAAAAACACAGAAAAAGCCAUAGACACUGGUUAAUUUAUAUUUUAUUUAUUUUGCAAAUAUUUUAUAGUUUCAUUUUUCAGUGUGAUUUUCAAUAAAAAGGUUUAAAUCUUA